UCUUGAUCUGAAAUAACGGUCUUUGUUUCACUCACUCAAUCGCAAAUCCAAAAUGUCUCUCUCUUUGCAAUCUCCGCCGUCUGCAACCCUUUCGCCGUUGCCGUCGUCUUCUUCCUCUCUUCAGAAAAGAUUGGCGUUCUCAGUUGGAUUCAGACCCUCCAAUCUAAUUUCCCAUUCUCGUAGAUCUCUUUCUCUAAUUUGUGCUUCCGCCGGCUUCUCUUCGUCACUCGACACUGGUUUGAGAACUGAGCUGGAUGCUGUUUCUAGCUUCAGUGAGAUCGUUCCUGACACCGUCGUUUUCGAUGAUUUCGAGAAGUUUCCUCCUACUGCUGCUACCGUCAGCUCUUCUCUCCUUCUGGGCAUAUGUGGCCUUCCUGAUACCAUAUUUAGAAAUGCGGUUGAUAUGGCAUUGGCGGAUUCUGAAUGUUUUGGGAUAGACAACCCUGAAUUGAAAUAUUCCUGCAUGUUUAACAAGGCUCUAGUAAACGUUGGUGGUGAUUUGGUAAAACUAGUUCCUGGACGUGUUUCAACCGAGGUGGAUGCACGUGUUGCUUAUGACACACAUGGCAUUAUCAGAAAGGUGCAUGACCUUUUGAAAUUGUACAAUGAAAUUAAUGUUCCUGCUGAGCGGCUGCUGUUCAAAAUUCCAUCAACUUGGCAGGGAAUCGAGGCCUCAAGAUUGUUGGAAUCUGAGGGAAUACAAACACAUUUGACUUUUGUCUACAGUUUUGCUCAAGCAGCAGCUGCAGCUCAAGCUGGUGCCUCUGUCAUUCAGAUUUUCGUUGGUCGCCUACGUGAUUGGGCUCGCAAUCACUCUGGUGAUCCCGAAAUCGAAGCUGCUCUCAAAAGAGGAGAGGAUCCUGGGUUGGCUUUGGUGACAAAGGCUUACAACUACAUUCACAAAUAUGGAUACAAAUCAAAAUUGAUGGCAGCAGCUGUUAGGAAUAAGCAAGAUCUGUUCAGUCUUCUGGGCGUGGAUUACAUAAUUGCUCCAUUGAAGGUAUUACAGUCCCUUAAAGAAUCAGUUACCGUUCCAGACGAUAAGUUCUCGUUCAUUAGGAAGCUGUCCCCGCAAUCCGCAGCUAAUUACGUUUUCAGCGACGAAGAGGUUAAAAAGUGGGACCAAUUAAGCGUUGCUUCAGGAAUGGGGCCUGCAGCUUUGAAGCUACUGGCUACUGGAGUGGAAGGGUAUGCUGAUCAAACCAAGAGAGUUGAGGAACUUUUUGGGAAGAUUUGGCCACCCCCAAAUGUAUGAAGCUGGAGUUUACUAUCUGGAGAAUGUUGGCUUUUCAUGAAUAAAGAGGGGGAUGGUUGGUUGUGUCUGAGAAUCCUCUAAUAACUCUGUUCUGCAACUCCUUGCUUUUCCAGUACCACUUAAUGUUAGAAUAAGAUGUUUUUAUAAGCUUUGGUUUCAGAUUUU